AUGCCGCCCAAGGUUUCGGCUAAGGCAGGUGCUGCUAUCGCUUCUACUGGCGAGCAGAAGCAACCUACCCUUCAGGAGGCCCACCUGUUCUACACCAUCAUCAAGAGCAUGAAGGGCAAGCCCGAGAUCGACUGGGCUGCUGUUGCAAUCGACGCCGGCUUCAAAAAUGCUGAGACCGCCAAGGUCCGCUAUGGUCAAAUCAAGCGCAAGCUUGACCUAGACAACUGGACUCCCGUCAAGCCCCCGGCCAAGAACCAGAAUGAGGACGGGGGCGACGCCGCUCCCGUGACCCCUACUACCAGUCGUUCCAAGAAGACCGCGGCCACCCCUGGCACCGGUGCCGGUGUCAAGAAGCGCGCCACCCCGGCCAAGCGCCCUACCAUCCCUCCGGGCAGCCGCGCGCGCAAGGCGAAGUCCCUAGCUAUCGUCAAGAUGGAGCAGGAUACCGACAUGAUCAACCGGAUGUUUGAGGAGGAUAAUGAAGAGGAUAUGGAAAUGCCCGAGACCCCUACCAAGAAGAAGAAGGGCACCGGAAACCGCGCCGCCAGGCCCGAGCCCGUUGAUAACGAGCUCGCCGCAGCCAUCACAGAUGAGUUUGCCAACUUCCCAGCUGUCAUGCCCGACCUAGUCAUUCAGCGCCAGGCUGUUCUCGUCGAGCUCGACGGCGUGUGGACUACCACCCCGUCCUCCGCCGAGGUGCAUACGAAGUGGCUCUCCCGCCUGCCGGCUCACAUUCAGUCGCGGUUUUACUCACAAGCCAACGCUGUCGGCGAUUCCUCCAAUGCCAUCAACGACCCGGCCGAGGACGGCAACGAUGCGGGCAACGGCACUAAUCCUGAGAACAUCACCAAUGCUGGUAACGGUACCAAUCUAAACAAUGACACCAACAUUGGCAACGGCGCGAACGCGGGCAACGGUGGCAACAUCGGCAAUACCACCGCCAUCGGCGAUGCCAUGGUGAAGGCCAUGGCCAAUAAUGCCGGCAGCAACAGCGCCAGCACCAACUUCCUGUACGCCACCGGCAACGCCAACAACAUUACCCCGGCCCAACUCUUCGGCGGUAACUUCACCGGCACUGGUCAUGGCAUCUCGCUGCCCUCGUUCGCCAGCGCCGGCAUGCCGUUGAUGAUGCCGAUGAGCAUGAGCAUGGGCAACAUGAGCAACAUUGGCAUGAGCAACAUUGGCAUGGGCAUGGGUGGCACUAGUAUGGGCGACACUGACAUGGGCGGCACAGGCAUGGACGGCACGGGCAUGGCCUUCGCCCCCGCCCUAGACAACCGAAUUGUCUGCGGCCGCAUCGAGGAGCUGAACCUGCGCCCGGUGCCGAUGCACCCGGCUCUGGCCGAGCAGCUGGAGCGCGAGCAGGAGGAGCGCGACCGCCUGGCGCUGUUCGGCGGCGGCGGCCCCAACGACGAGGACGAUUUCUAA